UCGUCUGGUGAGAAAGAUGUCGGCGGUGACGGACUCGUAGAAAAAACGCGACCUCUUCAUCAUCGAACGGCAUUUUCAGUCGCUGCGCAUCAAAAAAAAGAGGAAAAGUUCGAUUACUGGUGCUUAGUUUUGUGUUGUAUACCCGCGGCUAUCACGAUCUAAGGCGAGGCUUUCGGUUUUAUGCAGCCGCCGUGUGAUAUUAUUUUCGGUAACUCAUUUCCUGGUGAUUGUGUUUUGAAAAACUGUAGCUCCUGUCGACGCUAUUUCUUGCGGAAGCAAAGUGAAAAUGAUUCUCUCUUUUUUUAUGCGGUCAAGUUAAAAUUAUAUAACUAAUAUAAAACAGCAUCCAGGAGUGAUAAAUAAUUUACAGUGGAUACCGAUGCAAUUUCUGUAAGUGAAUUUUGCUGACAAUUAUUGUUGUCUUCCCAUUCAAAGUCUGACGAAAAAUGGUUACAUUUCAGUGUUAUGUGUUAUUUAUUGAGGGUUCAUAGAAUGGCGCUGGUGUAAAAUCCGCCAGGGCCCGUCCCGUGUAAGUGGGCUGACAACGUGCCGAAUAAGGCCAAAACAAGAAAUCAAUUUCUACUGCUGUCACUAGUAUAGGCACCAAGUUUUACUAGUGAUAUAAAUACAAAUAAAUAUAAUAUAAAUAUAAAUAUUUCUUUGGGUGGUCGAUGUGAAAAAGUGAAUAUUUAUCGGCGACUGAGGUCUGUUAUUGAGCAGAUGAAAUAGCUAAAGCAUGAUACCAAUCUGGAUUUGGCCUUUCUAAAGCCAAAAUAAGAUCUGCAUUCGUUUAAUGAAAGUGCAAAACGCGAGUAAAGGUGUAAAAUAAGUGGAUUGCAGAAAUAGGGUUAUCUUUCGUCGUGUUCGUGUGUUCUUGUGAGAAUUAUACCAGCUGGAGUCGUCUCGAGGUCACAGUUGCUGGUUUUGUGUCGAGGGUGGCGUUCCAGAGCAUCUUUGAGGAUACUACGAAAAUCUGAUAAAAGGUAGGUUGUAGUAAGCCGCACACGGGAAAUGCCACAGUGUUAUUGCAGCUUUCCAUCUCGCAAAAAAGGUCUUCACUCUGCAGUCAGUCGUCGUGGAGAGCACCGGAAUCGCACUAGAGAAAACACUCGCAUUUAGCAGUACAUAUGCUACAGUAAUGUCCCGAGGCCAACCCAUCACAUCUAAUUAAUUAUAAAUGGCUCCAACCGUACGAUAAUCGUGGAACUAUCUUGUCCACUGAGGGCCAUAAGUGGCUAGCGAAUAAACAGCGCCAACGAUAAGUUUUCGCACUCCUCAGCAAAAAAAACACAACCACAACAGGGAGCCGCAACGAUGCAGCGGGCGUUCGCACUAUCAGCCGCUAACCGAGCUGGAGUUUACGAUGGUAAGAUAGCUGGACUAUACGACCUCGAGGAGACGCUAGGCUCUGGGCACUUUGCUGUGGUGAAAUUGGCCCGCCACGUUUUCACCGGCGAAAAGGUGGCCGUGAAGGUGAUAGAGAAAACCAAACUCGACGACAUUUCACGGGCUCAUUUGUUUCAAGAAGUGCGAUGCAUGAAAUUGGUUCAACACCCGAACGUGGUUCGACUGUACGAGGUAAUAGAUACACAGACUAAGCUGUAUCUAAUAUUGGAACUAGGCGAUGGAGGCGAUUUGUACGAUUAUAUCAUGCGCCACGAUAAGGGUCUCUCGGAAAAUGUGGCCCGUGAGUACUUCCGUCAAAUAGUACGGGCCAUUUCCUACUGCCACCAGUUGCAUGUCGUACACAGGGAUUUGAAACCAGAAAAUGUAGUAUUUUUCGAGAAGUUGGGUGUAGUUAAGCUGACUGAUUUUGGAUUCAGUAACAAGUUCUGCCCCGGUCAAAAGUUGGAAACAUCGUGUGGAAGCCUGGCGUAUUCAGCGCCGGAAAUCUUACUUGGUGAUUCGUACGAUGCACCUGCAGUCGACGUGUGGUCCCUUGGUGUCAUACUGUUUAUGCUUGUCUGCGGGCAUCCACCAUUCCAGGAGGCAAAUGACUCCGAAACGCUCACGAUGAUCAUGGAUUGUAAAUACACAAUGCCGGAUCAUGUCUCGGGAGGCUGUCGAAGGCUCAUCAGUACAAUGCUGGUCCGAGAACCGGACAAACGAGCCACACUUCAGAAGAUUGCUCAGGAUUGUUGGUUACUCGAAGGAAGUACAGAUGAAACACCCGAGUAUCUUCCCCUGGUCAGUCGGGAGCAAGUAAGCGAAGAGGAUCAUUCGUUAAUCAUCCAGAAAAUGAUCAACGGGAAAAUCGCAACCAAAGAGGAAAUUUUAGAGGCUUUAGAUCGUAACGAGUAUAAUCAUAUAACGGCGACCUACUUCUUGCUGGCCGAGCGAAAAUUACGCUCACAUCGACAGGAAGAGGCGCAAAAACGGAAACCGGAGCUCACUUUGCCGGUGUCCAAUUCUACAAGACUGCAAGCUUUUAAGAAAGAUUCUGAGGACGAUUUUAAGGACGACAGUAUGCUGCCAUCGAAGCUCGGAAUGCACCUUAGUGUGCCUAGGACGCCUUGUGCCGAAACAGGACAGACCGGCCGAAACAGGAAGUGCAGUAUUGUACAGGAGGAGGAAGACGACGAGGAUGAUGUUACUGGUGCUGGUCACGAGGAGUUAUCCAUGCCGUUGAACCGUCGAGGUUCCCGAUCCGAGGGUCGCAUCAACAUUACCGUCCAGGAUCGAAUAGCGGAGUCGGAGCGGGUGAAGUUGGAGGCGAAAAAACAAGCGGAAGUAAAGGAGAAAGAGCAACUACAGCUGCGACAACAGCAGCAACAGGAAGAACAAUCGGAAGCAAAAGAAAAUUCGGCUGCACUGUUAGGCGGAUUUGGUGGGAUUGGAAAUGUUACGUUAAUAACGAGUGAAAACAGCUGUACCAAAGAUAGACUUGGAAUUGCAGGUGGCGGGCUACAUCGGAAGGUUCCGGAAAUCAAACGAGCUGGUGGUAACUUCACCAAAAAGACUUCCAUACUCAAGCCAAAUUUAGCGAAAAUAGUUGACAGUAACAUUAGAGCUAACUCGUUCGAUAGAUGUAUUGCUAGUAUCAAGGAUGUGGAGCUGGUGAAUACGAAAAUUCUUACUGACAGUUCAACGAUAACUAUUCCAAUUCCAAGUUUGAGCAUUGUGACCACUUCGAAUAUACCCAAGUACAAGACGAUGCCGUCGCCAACUCGAACAAACACUAUACUAAGCACGACCACAAACUGUUUAAAUGAAAUUUUCGAGGAAGGUACAGAUGUCGGAAGUUCAGAUAGUACAACAACAACCCCCCGACCAGCCGUAAGAAAUCAGUUCAACGCUCGGAAUCAGAACCAAGGUGGCACUGGUAAUAACGUUCACCGGCGGGCAAAGUUCAACAAAUCUCGAACUGCAUCCUGCAGUAGCUCUGACGCUUCCGACGACGAUUCCGAGAACAGGAAAAAACGGGCUCACAAAAUUGUUGACUCAACCGUCAAACCGCUUACGCAGAGGAGAGACUCCCAUGAUGAUUCCAGUGAUUCGCAGGACCCGGGAAACGCAGCUGCGCCGUCCGGUGCACAAACGGGCGCCUGUGUAAGAUCCAUCAUUAGCGUAGCGAGUAGUAGUACUACCAGUGACGGAAGCAGUAAUCAACCUUCUUCGGAGAAGCGAAAUAGCAGUGGAAAUCGACAGAAGUCUUCCCAACAGGUCGACUUCCGGCGACACCGUGGCCGAAGAAGACCCGUAGAAACUCGUCUUCGUGAAAGUCAAUCCUUGAACCGAAUUACUGAAGUGCAGGAGUCGGAAACUUCUCACUCGGCUGCUGCCGCGGCCGCUGGUGCCAUAUCAUCUACCGUGCCAAGUGACAUUUCCGUUGAGGAAAGACCAAGCCAAAAUACAGCAAUUAGCCGCUACGAAGAAGAAACUUCAACGGAUAAAUCUAGCAAUAAUCAGCCCGCAGAAGACGUCAUCGAUUGUGGGAAUAGUCAUACUCAUUUGAAUACCACCAGCAAUAGCAAUACGAACAUCGGCAGCGGGAGUAGCGGGAGCUGCACCAAUCCUACCAAACCAAAGGGCUUUAGCGCUCGAAUAUUCCACCCCUUCAAAAAGCAGCACCAGCAGCAUCCGUCCUCGAACACUUCCACGCCGAGCGUGGACGGGCCUGCAGAUAGUAAAAACGGCACGGCAGGAGAUGACAUUGAGAUUGUCGUGGAGCUGGCUAAGGCGCUGAACGGUUCCGAAAGUAACAGUAAGAGUACGAAGAAAAUUAAGAUACUUGGACGGUAUUUUCAGGUGCACAAAAAGAUCUACGUUCCACUCUCGGGUCUGUUCCAGCGAGGACGUCUGUAUAAGGCUCAAUCUUGCGGUUCGAUAGUACGCGACAAGGUAAAUGUGAAUCCAAACGGCGCCGGUGCUAUUGGGCGAGGAUCAUCCAACUCCAACGCUCGUCAUUCGACCAUCUUCAAUGAAAAGAACCGGUUCAUUAAAAACUGCUUGAGCGGUUCACGGUUGCUCGGCAGUGAUGGCGACAUCAAUCAUAACGGUAACAGUUUCUUAACAUUGUCAUCCGGAACUGCUACCGGUACGACGAUGGCUAAUGGGAGUGUAUCACCGACGGAAUUGGUAGUGUCAACUGGCGGUGCUACUGCCAGUCCGUGUGGAAUGACAGAGUGUCCAACCGGAACGCCCACAUCAGUGCCAAUCAAGACCGCGUAAGAAUUAGAGAUUAGAAUGUGUAGUGGAGUACAACACUGUUGACUAUUGACUAGCAACAACUUACCACGGCUUUUAUUUCACGCUCUUAGCAGCGUUUUCAUUCAACGGAUUUGUUUUUUUUUAACACUUUCAUAUAGGCUGAAUGUUCCUUAUGAGGGAGCGUCAUGAUCAUAAAUAUUUACUUCCACAUCUAGCAAGGGCUCCGUGUGUGCACUAAACUAAAUAUAAAUCACGGAUACAGCUAAAUGCGCCAAAGAGAUCUCAAAAGUUGAACUCGAAUAUCAGAAAAGGAUGGCUUGAUCCGUCCAGGUUUUAUCUUCCCUUUUUUGACUGCACCCCCACCAACGUAAAACUGGUAGAGCUGAUGCUGAAAGCGUACAACGUGUUGAUCAAUUUAGAAUCUAUGUGCAAUAAUUAAGAGCUUAGUUUUCUGUGGGUUUAGAGAGAGCAAAUUAAUCAGUUCUGACAAAUAUUAUUAAACCUGUGUUUUUGUUUUAUUCGUAGCAUCGAACGUUUUUGUUUUAAGGAAUAGCAAUGUUGUCCAAAGCUAAAUUUGAAUAAAUUGUAACAUUUUCUCGUGAAGGUUUGUAAACCCUCGUAAAAUUUUGAAAUAACAACUAAUUACACACCGGAAUAAGCUACAGACUACCUACUUUGUAUGUGCUGUGCACAGGUUUUUUUUUGUCGAUGAAUGGAAGGAAAAUACGCGGCAGCAUCAUACACAAUGCAAAUCUAAUAUAAGUUCUUGUUUGUUUUCUCCUUUACAAUUGGAUACAAAAAUGAGAAAAGAUCACCUUUCACCGCUUUUUAUCUGUAAUCUCCCGAAUAAGUAUCUAGUUAACAGAAUCUAACUAAAAAGGUGAAGCUGUUCCAGAACAACAAAGUUACUAGAACGGGUGCAUACAUUGUAAUAUUUUAUCCUGUAACUAUUUACGCUAGGAAACAGAACAUUGAAACCGUCAGAAUCCUCGGUUAACAUAUCGCACGAUUAGUUCAAUUGUUGAGAAGUAAACUAUUUUUAAAUUUUUGAAAAAGUAUCAGAGAUAAUCGCGCAAACGAUAAGUGGCUUAGUAAAACAGCGCAGAAUGAUUUAAACUGUUAUGCAUUAGCUAGCAUUAUAGUUUUAGAAUAGCUCAAGCGUGAAACAAUUUUACUGUCUGUUUUUACUAGACGUAAUACGACUUAUAAUUUUCAGAUAUUUAGCGUGCAAGAUAUAUCUGUUCCUCUAAUAAUCGCUAAAAUGACAUCUAUCUUCCAAUUGUUUGCCGUAUUCAUCGAUAUUAGUCAGAGCGAACUCAAAUUAUUGAGCUUCUCUGGCUGCUACUCCUUUAUCGAUCUGGACUACCUGAAGUUUCACAGGGAAUCAGUAGAUAAUUAUGCUCGGGAGUUGCGAAACAUCUUUCAAUGUGCAACUCCUGAUAAUCCUAAAGGGCUUAUUGAUUAAAACCGGCGCCGGCCAGGCCCGAACGUAGAUCGCGGAAGGAAAAGGAAGGGAUGUUAGUCUGAUACUUGCUGUAUAUGCUACUGCGCAAGUAUCACGGGAGGAUAUUUGUUAGUAAGUAUAGGGGUAAGAUUCUUAUUCAUAUUCAAUUUUCCCAUCAGCCUAUGUCCGCUACGAGGCCAAAGACCGACACCCGAGAGGUGACUCGAUUAUCUGGACUUCAACUUAUCUCAACUUAUGGACCGGGGACCAAUGGCUUUACUUCCCUUCCGAAGGCAGACGAGACCACAGAUUUUUUCACCUCAGAAAAAUCUCAACGGCCUCGGUUGGGAUUGAACACAGAUCAACUGGGAUGGGUGGCGGUCACGCUUACCACUCAACCACCGGUGUCGUCCAGAUAGAUUUCAAAUUGUUGAUUUUCGAUAAACUAUUCAUCUCUACGGUAGGGUUUUGAUGCCCAAAUAUUCUGAUUUUGUAGCUAUUGCAUGAGGUGGAGGGCACAAGACCGGUAUUAUACUAUUAAUGCUGGUUUCGGUAAACACACGCAGAAAUAGCCAACAGAAUUUGAGAUUUCGCAUUUCCAGUUUUACAUUUUUUUUAUUUAUUUUUGCCUUUGUCCUAUAUUUUUUAUUAUAGAGGCUUUAACCUUAGGGGCCAUGCAUAAAUGACGUAGCAUUUUGGGGGGUAGGGAGGGUAUACCAAAUUUGUGACGAAGUGUGACGAGGGGGAGGGUAGGGUCAGAAGUUGUGCGACGUAGCAUUAAGUUUAAACCCAUUGUUUAGAGAAAACAAUGUAAUGAUCCUCCAUUUUCAAGAGAAAUAAAUUUAAAUUCAAACAAGUUACUUUUGAUGCGGUUUUUCAUGAGAUAAAUUUUACGAUUCGCGGAAUUACAAGUUCGCAAAAAUACGAAAAGAUUUUGUAUGCGGAUUUAACUUGCUACAUUAGUUAGCUAAUGUUGCUAACUAGUAGACUUAGUUUGGAAGCUGCAUUAAAUUUUCACUUCGGAUUCAACCAAAUAAAAUUUAGUAAUUUGGAUGAACGUAUGCUUCUUAGAAUCAUUGGCAGCUGCAGGAUUGUGAACUGAGAGAACUUCUCUUCAUGCUACCCUUGACAUAUAAAAUUCAAAACAAAGCUAUCAACACUAUAUUUGUCAUGAAAUGGGCUUAUUUUACACGCGAUUUGCUGUUAUAAUGAAAAUGCUGAUAAAAGUUGUCAAACAUUUUGAAAGGACAUGUAUUUAAAAUAAUUGAAAAACAUUUGUAAUUUUUUUUCAUCCCCCGAUCGCUCUGCAUAGGACAAGGGGUAGGGGGUAGGUAAAUGCUACGUUAUUUAUGAGGGGGAGGUUAGAAUUUUGUGAUCAAAUGCUACGAAGGGGGAGGGAGGGGUCAAAAAUCGCCGAAAAAAAGCUACGUCAUUUGUGUACGGCCCCUUAGGGUUAUUUGCCUCUCUUCGGGUUAGAACAAUUUCUUUUGGCAAAAUGUCUAACCCUAUGUGCGGGCUUGUGAAUCGAACCGAGGUGGGCUGCGUACAAGGCAAUCGAUUUACCAAAUACGCUAUACCCGUCCCCCGCAUAUCUAGUUAUAACGCAUUAAAAAAGCAAAAAUCGAUGCCAACGAACCAAAAUUAAUUUUCUUCCUUACUGUUCUCCUAGCGUAAACCAUCAUUCUCACAUAAGCACCCACAAUUAUGUAGCCAACAGCACUUUGCAGCUUUUUUUAUUCUUACGGAAAUAACACUACACUGUAGCAAACCACUCGAGCAGUUUCUGUAUUUUUUAUAUGAAAUGAAGUAAGGAUGUAUGUAUAUUCUAGAGAAAUCACAAGAUAUUGAUAACUCACAGUAAUUGGAAAUAUGUAAUAACUAAUAAAAUAACAAGGGAAGAACUAAAAACAAGCUGGACUUGUAAAGAAGUUAUAUAUUUAAAUAGAUACGAUGAAGAAGAAAAAAUCAUUAGUUCAAUAUUUAACUUUAUAUUUCGCGCAUUUUACUUUUUAAGAUGAAUUUACACAUUGAUAUAAAAUUGCAAUGUAAGGGAAUCUAGAAAACAAACAUGCUAGUGAAAUUGUACUCGUAUUUCUCGACCGAAACAGAACAGAUCUACUGAAUAACUCAACCCUACUUAUACGAUAUAAACCAUCCGAAUGAUCUUGUAACGGUUAUUUUUUUUAAUCAAACCAUACCAUACUGCAGCCGGCUAAGACAAACAUGCGCGUGUUCGUUAUCCAAAUAUCUACUAUCAGCAAAAUACAGCUAAACUAAAUGCCUACUUGCGCAAAAAACUACCCUAUCUACUUAAACUAUCUCCCAAAUCACAUUCUCUCACAUACGAAAUCAAAAAUAAACUAGACACAUAACGUUACGAGGAAAAUCACCUUGCGUAAAUCAAUUUGUAAUGUGUAAUUGUAAUAUGAAUGGUUUUCUCCGCUAGAAGUUCGUUAUAGAAUUGGGAAUAAACUCGCGGCAGAUAAGUGAAUGUUCCCAGCUAACGGCAGUUUUUGCAGGAAUUAAGCAUAUGAGUCGCCUUGUAUGCUUACUUAAGUGGAUGUUACCAUCGAGGAGGCAUGUAAAAUACACUAAAUUCGAUAAUUUUCAAAUAUAAUAUUUUUGUUAACGACGUAAUAAGAUUGUAGCGUAAAUUUCGGUUUAAUUUAUAAAAAGAAACAGAAUCCAACAUGAUGGUUCAAGAUUCAAUUAGUUAAUCAGUCGAUCUGCACGAAGCGCGAUAGCUUUUCAAGUCUAUCCGAUGCCUGUUCGAUUGCUUAUGGUCUGGCGUUCUGCAUUAGAUUUGAAAUUUUUAUGUAAAUUAGUAUGGAAACCAACUUUUUUGGCAUCUCAUUUCUAGAGAUCAGUUUUUCCUUAUAUAUAGUUCCGGUGAUCGCGUAUUUUGCGGGCUGGUAAAACUGCAGCGUAUAGCUUAGGGGAUCUCGGUCCGUCCCACGGGACAAAAAUUUGCAAAAUCUGAUGUAGUGGCUGUCUGCCAAGUAAACACCGGUCCUCGGGAGGACUAAAUUUUGCACCCGCUUGUCUCGAAGUUUGUAACGUCAAGCCCUCGAUUUUGUCUAUUUAUUUAUUUCAUCUUUGCGACAAGCGCAUACAGAUUACAACUUAAAACAUAGAACUCAAACUUAAUAUUAUUUAACAAAGGCGCACAAAACAAACAAUAUAUAACGGUUAACUCUACGGAAUAGUUUACAAAAUUGGUAAUUUCAUAUCACAUUUGUUUUAACGUACAUCGUUCGGACUCCACACUCCAUAUUGAUCGUGAAAUUCGCGAAAACAAAUUCCCGUGGCCAGGUUGAUGGGCGUAGUGCGGUUUGUUUUAGUUUAGCGUCUAUUCCCACUUUGAACGAAAUAAAAGGCAUCAAAGUUUCAUUCUUCCAAUCUGGCACUAACUUUUUCACUACUACUGCGGUAGGUCCAAGUGCGGCAGCAACCAUAUUGGAGAUAUCUGUUUCGCUCGUAGAAUUUUUGACUCUUGUAAAGAACAACCAACAUAAAGAAGGACUUGACAUUGAUGAGUGGCCAUAGUUAGAUCCAUUUCCAGUGCCUUGCAGCAGUCUCGUCGAAGAUAAAGGAGAUGAUUGAACGGAAAAAGAGUCCUCUCGUGUGCGUAGAUCAGUGUGCGAGCGGGAAAUUACAGCUACAGUUUGUUAAAUAUCUUCAAUUUGCUUUUUCAAUUUACAAACCUCCUCGAGCAAUGCUGAAUCUUCCGUCUGGGAUUGUGCAUGAAAAGCAAUAGAAGGGGCACGAAUAGGAAUAAUCGCAGCAGCGUUGGACAGCAGCUCACGCUUAUCACGAAACGCUUGGAUAUGACAAACAUCACUCAAAAUAUCGGUACAUGGUGUGCACAUCCAGUGAAUAUUACGAUGCUUAUUACAACUCGUCACUUCUGAGAUACUUAACGCGACACAUUCAGCAUGGUAUCGGUCUGAGCAGAAACCACCACACGCAAUACUGUGCUCGACCGGUGUAAUACAUACGGCGCAUUUUCUGCAAAUCAUCUCGGCGGCUUUGGUAGAGAGAAGUGGUUCGUUACUAUUGUCUAUAAUAGGCUAGUUUUACGUUGAAAAGAUCUCUACAAAACAACUUCUCGCAACUGAUAAUUUAACAAUAUUUCCCGAAUGACUUAUGACUUCACUUCGAUCACUUAAUAUGUACGUAUUAGCGCAAAUUACACAAUUUUGAAGGCACGGCGAAAAAACACAUCAGUCUCGUACAGGAGUCGACUAGCCUGUAUAGUCUGUAUCAUACUCCUAACAACGCGUGCUAAGUCGUCAGUUAUGAGGAUUCCAUGAGAAACCGGCCGACCGCAAAAUAUGACCAUCGUCGAUUCGAACGAAACUUUACAUUUGUGUUCGGUUUAUGAAUCUCCAUGAUUUUUUCUGGCAAUUUCAAUAUUCUGAUACAAGAGGAAUUUUUCAAAAGGGCGUAGAAGUUUCUACGUGCAAUAAUUAAAAAAAUUUGUUCGAUUACACUAUUUUAUACAGUAAAACUAUCUGAGAACGAAAUACAGGUAAUGAAUACUUCUGCGCGAAAAAAAUAUAUACUGAAAAAAAAUUUGUGUCAUUUUUUACAAAAACAAAAAUUUAUGAUGAAAAGUUAAAUUACAAAGAAACCCAUUUUUUUAAUUUUGUCAACAAAAAUCUAAAGAGAAAGGAAACAUUUUGAAUGUAGUUUCAUGAUGGAGAAAUUGUCAGCAAAAAAGUGUUUCUAACAGUAACUUUUUACAUGUUUUUAAAUUUCAUACUAUACAUAUGUUUUUGGUGGAAAAAAAUUCCAAAUAUCUCGAAAACUAUCGCAUUUUGGAAGAAAUUUGUUAAAUGCAUUUUGAUUUAAAAUGAUACUUAGAAUUAUAUUCUGUAAUAAAAUUGUUUUGUAUGUCAAUUAGUAUGAAAUGAAAUUAGAAAAAAAUGGGUUUUUUGUAAUUUAAAUUUUUAUCAUGAUUUUUUGUUUUUGUGAAAAAUGACAACAUUUUUUUCAGUGCAUAUUUUUUUCUGGAAGAAGUAUUCAUUACCUGUAACUCGUUCUCAGAUAGUUUUACUGUAUAAAAUAGUGUAAUAGAAAAAAAUUGAAAUUAUUGCACGUAGAAAAGUUUACGCCUUACCCAGAGACCUUAAUCGCACUGCUCUGUCGUCUAUGCUACCUGAUAUUCGUUGUGGAAUAUUGUUUGUUUGUGGACCAUUCAUAGACAAUGUUUCGCAGAAAAAAUACUAUAUACACUUCCCGUCGAAGCACAUUGCAAAUUGUUGGUUUUAUUAUCCCCGCUCCACUAACAAGUCUCAAAUUAAUUUUUAGUUUGUAUCUCGGUAAUUUAUGUUACGUCACGCUUUUCCCCAACUGUCAAUACGCGACAUCAUUUAUGAACGACUCCUUGGUGAUAUGUUUAGAGCAGACAACACAAUGAAAAAUAGGUUAGACAGGGUUUUAGUGCGCUUUAAGCACCUUGUGUCACAUCUUUAUGUUUGUUAUACAUAAUAAGAAUGCCAAAUCAUGUGGUGUAUUGACCGGAAGAUUAGAGAAGAACACCCCCCCCCCUCCCUUCUCUCCAAGGAUUAAUUUUACAAUAAAAAUAGUUUUAUCUGUCAUAAGUACUAACAGGUUAUCGUACCCAAUAAAAUUACAAAUUAAUAUGCAAUUUGAAAACAUGUAAGUUAUUUUUUUCCAAAACGUUUAUUUGACACGGCAUUUGCGACAGCUUUUUACGUCGAAGUUUUUUUCUUUACAAAGCACGUUACAAAAAGUUUUUUUUUCUGUUCUUUUAGCUAUUCCCAACUAUUAGUGAUUAGUUUUUCUUAGAUUCUUGUAUUUUAUAAUGAUCUAAAGCCGUGUGGUGUCCGGCGGGCUGAAAUCUUUUUGCACUAUUUCAACCAAGAAUAGAACCUCUGGGAACUGCUCCCAUGUCGUAAGAGGCGACUAACAACAUGCUAGGAGUUCCUAGGCCGAGGUUUUGUUCCGUACCGAAGACUUAAUCUGGGCGGACCUUAAGGUUUUCCAUAUUACCCUCUUUCCAGUCUGUAUUUAGUGAAUCACUGACAUAUACCUUUUCUGAUUCGCCUUUCUUGAUUGUGUACCAACGUUUUAAGUUUCUUCUGGCGGUUGUAUAUUAGCCGUAAAUGACGAAAUCUAAUUCUACAUUGUUCCAAAGCUUUGGCUUAAAAACCGUUUUUAAAAAAUGGAAACUUUCAUGCAGGAAAUUUAUUGAAUUGGCCUAAGAUGGAGCUGUCGAAUUUCACAAAAAGCUUUUUAUGUUGCAAGUGAUCUGUAGUUGUGUUAAAUUAGGUAUUUUCCUAUUAUAUUUGGAACCGUCUACCGACAAAUCUACAUUUACGAAUACCUCCAAAAGUGACUUCUUGAGGUCGCAUGAAGGCCUGACACUAGCUUUAUGAUACUUUUGCUUUUCUAAACAGUAAUAAAAAUCUCAACAUUCAAGAACUUCACUUUGUCAGAAAAUGUAGGGCCAUCGGAAGCUAAAACUUCGUAAAAUCGCACUCCUGGUCCUUUUUUCAGUGCAGUACUCUACGUCACUCGUUCAAAUUUGCACCGCUCUUAUGGUAGUCGGUAUUUGCUAGUAUUACUGUUCUCCCAUCCAUUCUGGUAGUCAAACGGUGGGAUAGCAAAAUUCUUACAAGUUUCCUAUCUCAUGCCUCCACGCGAUUCUAAGUCUAUUGAUGACAUUUGGUCCUUAGACCGCAGAAUGAGAGGGUGCGAACAGAAUGAGAGGGUGCGAACAGAUCUAGUCGAGAAAACAUUGCCGUAAAAAUGAAUAGUUGAUCGGAAAUUAGCCCCAAUACGACUAAUCUGACUAGUAUCUAUGAACACGGCUCAAUACGUAUUGAAAAUUCGCCGCGUCUGUUUUUAUGAACCUAAUUUAAUGCUCCGUUAUUGCUAACAAGCCCGUGCAUCAGAUUAACAAUCCUUUAUAUUUCCCUUCAGUGUUCGGUAUUAUCGCUCGUAUACUUGUAUUCCACAAACAAUCCGAUAUGGAAAAUAAGAAAUACUUUCCUUGAUUUAUAACAUCUCGCGCUAUUUUUGCCAGUAUAAUAUGCUGUCACUUGGUAGUUUUCAAGCCAAUAAAUAUAUCGUAGAGAAGAAGUAGCGAGUUCUGUCCAAAUACUGUUGCAAUAAAUAGUGAUCCGGCCCAUUACGCAGAUUACGAUCGGCUGUGUGGAGUUCAAAUUGUUUUUGUUUAGGGAACAUAGUAUACUCUCGGUAGCCGGCUGCCCAGAGUUUAAAAAUAACCAAAAACUAAACAAGAUCAUCUCUUUUUCGAGUGAUCGUGCACUCGAAGACUAACUAAACAACUACCUAAUAAAAUAUGCUUUACAGGUCGCAUCGUUUGCUUGGAGCGAAUCCUAGACCUGAUACCCUUCCAAACCACCAACUCCGCGACACCUAUGGAAGAGUCUGAUGAAUCGUCGUCCUUCCGUUAAGUAGGUGGAGCAUCAACACUUCCUGUCUACCUUAUCCUUUAUCCUUCCCCGUGAACGAUGGAGAUGGGGGCGGCCGGCAAUGAUGGCUAUCAUGCUGUUGAGGUUUUAAUAUGGGUCGGAUUGGUAUGAAUUCCUACUUACCACUUCCUAAGCAACUCUUAUUAGAUAAUCAGCAGUCAAACAUGAUGAAGUCAGUGUGCAAUCCGCCAAAAUCAUCGUCACAACGCAACGCAACGCAACGCAACGAUUCUUGUAUUUCAUAAUGAUCUAAUAUUUUGAGUGCAUUUAUUUAUAUUUUUUCUGCUAUUGUGUGAAUUAAAAACAAAAUUGAAAAAUCUAGGACACCUAUAAAUUGAUGAAUGAUAAGCCUAAGAUGAAUCUAAUUAAAUUUUGACAGGAACUGUUUUCAAAAAUUAUCGAUAAGUUCCAUGUACAGAGGAUCGCGGUAACCCAGAAUGUCUCUAACAGGAACAUGGAUUGGUCUUCCUCGGACUUGUAAAGAAUCUACUAAUUUGGAUCAGGUUUCACGAUAUUCAGUGCACGACCAAACAACAUGGUCAAUGUCGUGGUAAUACUCUCCAAAAGCACAAUGAUUACACUCUGCGAGCCCAACACGGCGACGAUGCGCAUCUAAAGUAUAAUGAUUGGACAUGAACAGUAGGACAUUCCAAAGGCCCCCUCCCUUCUCAUAUUGUGACAAAUGUCAAAGUAAACUCAGAUGACAAUUUCACAUCAUUGGGACAAUUAUAAAUUAGCGCCCACUUCGCUUGAAAUUUUUGAAAUUAGUACUAUGGGAAAAAAUACAGGAAAAUGCUAUAACUUUUGAAGUGGCACUCAUAAAAUUACAAUUUAUAACUCAUCUUAAAGUAGAUAGCCUUAGUACUUGAAUGGAAAUAUUUCUGUAUUUCGAAAAAUACGGGAAAGUGGGAUACUCGGUCAGUUUGUUCACAAAAUCAUCUAUUUUUAAUAAUUUGUCCGCUCCGUGAUGCAAAUCAUACAUAUUUUGCAGUUUUUCUAAUGUGAAAAAAUCUCAGAAAUCGAACGGAACCUUUUUGAUCUUUGUCCAAAUGCGAGAAGUUGGGGUUAUAGGGCUUUUUGUCAUUCAUAUUAAAUUUUAUCAUUUUCUCUAUUAUUCUUCAUUCAAUAAACUUUUAAUAAACUGUACUCAACUCCACUUUUAAUAAACUGAACCUUGUUGAACGUGGAAAAUCCUCAGGAACACAAUAAAAAUAGAUUCGUUACCGCAACAAUUCGUUUGCCUUGUACGCAGCGCACCUGGCUUCGAGUCCCGACCCCGCACAUAUGGUUAGAAAUUUUUCAUAAGAGAUUUUUCUAACUCGAAGAGGCGAAUGACUUUAAGGUUAAAACCUCUAUAAUCGAAAUAUAAAAAAAACGUAACAAUUCAUAAACAUCAAAUUUUCUGACAUUUAGCCUCGAUCUCAUAUUUUUAUCAUUAAAUCGCACAUAAUAACUCCAUUUAACAACAAAUUCUUAUUUGAUAUACUAGUUUUAGUGUAAAAUGCUCUUAGGGAUCACAUGACAAAAGGCCCUAUAACCCCAAAUUCUCGUAUUCGGACAAAGGUCAGUAAGGUUCCGUUCGAUUUCAGUGAUUUUUCCACAUCAGAAAAACUGCAAAAUAUGUACGAUUUGCAUCACGGAGCAGAAAAAAUAUUAAAAAUAGGGGAUUUUGGAGACAACCUGACCCAGUACCCUACUUUCCCGUCUUUUUCGAGCGACAUUAAAAAAUUUCCAAUCGACGUGGGCGGGGGUCUAGAAUUGUCCAAAUGAUAUGAAAUUUGGCAUCUGAGCUUACAGUGACAUUUGUCAGAAUAUGAGAAAAAAUCUUUUUUUUUAAAAUGAUGCAUGCUAUGCUCUUUGAAAAAAUAGCUCUGGAGUCAAAAUGAUCUACUUGAUUGUGGAAAACGUUUAGUUUUUUAGACAGGUGAAACGUGUGAACGGUAACGAUUUUAAAGAUUUAAAGGACGAAUCUUAUGUUGUAAUAUUGAAAGAAAGGCUAGUUGACCCAAACACGAAAGGCGAAGUAAAAUGCAAGAUAUAUUAGAUAUUUAGAUAUUUUUAAGUGGGAGAUAUUUGUGCAGACUUACCACUCAACCGCCGUGACUUCCUCGCGUUGCUUUCAUGGAUACAGGGGCUCCGAUGUUCGGCCAGAACACAUAAUCAUCUGCCACUUCCCAAACGAUAAUUAUCUGCCUCUUUAGUGUUGAGCUUCCUCUAUUGCCGAUUCAUUAGAACUUGCGAACACCGCUGUAAAAGUGUGAAUCUGAUCGAAUUUUGCAGGAACAAAAACGUUCCUCCUCGUUCAUGUUGGGUACGUCUGUACUUCACCGACUCAGAAAACUUCUGACCCAUUCGGUUUUGGUUUGACAACUCCAGUGCUGCCGUCAUCCCGCGACUGACAACCCAUCGCGGGUGGGAUGCGUUCACGCUCUCCUGUCUUUUUUUACUGCGUGCUACACACUCCCGUCUAACACGUCAUUAUUGUACUUAUGAUUAACCUUUACCCACUUUAAACAUAACAAUGUAUUCAUACAUGGAGCCACAAGCAUCUGAAUUACAAAUAAAAAAAGCUAUACUGCAAAUUCCUGAGCGUUUUUUUUUGACAAUUGUAUUACAUUAUUUGUCUUAAUACGCAAAUAAACUUCAAUUAGCUUUUUGUUUAGUCAGCUCCAAUUCCUGUUAUAACGCAUCAAAGACAAAGACCAAAAUGAUUUCCGCAAGAUGAUUUGUAGACAAGCGUUAUUCAGCCAAAUUUACUAAUCAUACAAUUUUUUACACAACGGGAAAAAUUCUAAUUGAAAACGAAGAAGUGGUCAUGCAGUGGAAUAUAGAUAACUAGUUCUAGGCUACACAACCAACACGAUUGAUGUUUUAAUUGGGUAGUGAAUAGGCUGUAAUCCACAAAAGUGUUUAGUGAUACAAAUACAAGUCAAUGAUGCCACCAACAACCAGUCGUAAACACAACCACAACACAUACACCCCAGUAAAAUUCUUUGCUCGCACGCGUCGAUUGUAAUGAAAAGCAACACGAAGAAACAUCCUUGCAAGUAGGUAAUACAUGGUAGCAGUGACGAGUUCGGGGCGGCACAAAUACCCUAGUGACGGUGAUGAUGAAUAUUUAGUAAAGUUGGAUGCCAUGGUGCGGUGCCGUCAAUCCUAAAAGUGGUACGUAGCGAACUUUGACGUGAACAGAUAUGCAAUCAAUUGAACUGAAGCAUAGUGACCAUUAUGAAGCAAAACAAAAACCGUUACCAUACAAUAUUUAAACAUAAACUGAACAAAAUCGAAUAGCUCGGUGUUCUUGAGAUGUGCUAAUUCAGCCCAACUAACGAUACAGUUGUGCUACAAAACAAUGGAAACAUUAACUGAAAAGGUAGAAGCCGAUAACAGCCACGAAAAUAUCUAUUCAAAAGAGAUAAAAAUAUUACCCUGUUGAAAAAAUCA